CCACAGGCCCCCCCCCCGGCCCCACCAUGUGGCUGUACCUGGUGCUGGUGGCACUGGCCUGGGCACUGGGCUGGCUGGUGCGGGAUCGCCGGAUGCUGCCUUCCGUCAAGGACAAGCACGUCUUCAUCACCGGCUGUGACAGCGGCUUCGGCAACCUGCUGGCCCGGCGGCUGGCCCGCAGGGGCUACCGGGUGCUGGCCGCCUGCCUGACCCAGAAAGGGGCCGAUAGCCUCCAGCGGGGCUGCUCUGGCCACCUCCGCACCACCCUGCUGGAUGUCACCCGCUCCGACAGCAUCCGCCGUGCCGUUGAGUGGGUGCAGGCAGAGGUGGGCGAGAAAGGUCUCUUCGGGCUGGUGAACAACGCGGGGGUGGCCAACCCCAUCGGCCCCACGGAGUGGAUGGGGAUGGAGGACUAUCGCCAGGUGAUGGCCGUCAACGCCUUCGGGGCCAUCGAGGUGACGCUGCAGCUCCUGCCACUGCUGAAGCGGGCGCGGGGCCGGGUGGUGAACACCUCCAGCGUCCUGGGCCGCCUCUCGGCCAACGGCGGCGGCUACUGCAUCUCCAAGUACUGCGUGGAGGCCUUCUCCGACAGCCUGCGGCGCGACAUGUACCACUUCGGGGUGAAGGUGAGCAUCGUGGAGCCCGGCUUCUUCAAGACGGCGGUGACCAACCUGGAGAGCAUCGAGGCCUCCCUGCGCCAGCUCUGGGACCGGCUGCCGCCCGAGACGCGGCUCAGCUACGGCGAGGAUUUCUUCCACAAGUACCUCAAGGUGCAGCGGCUCAUCAUGAACUUCAUCUGCGACGCCGACCUCAGCAAGGUGACGUGCUGCAUCGAGCACGCGCUGGGGGCCCGGCACCCCCGCACCCGCUACAGCGCGGGCUGGGAUGCCAAACUCCUCUGGUUGCCCGCCUCCUACCUGCCCGCCUGCGUCGUCGACUUCGCCCUGGCCACCAUCCUGCCCAAGCCGGCCCAUCGCGUCCGCUAGCCCGCCGCGGCCACCGCUUACCCCACCACCACCACCCAGGGCCACCAGAGCCCCCCCCCCCCGCUUCCCCUGCCCC